GAACAAUGUUCCCACAAUCACCAGAUGGUCUGUGAAAGCUGUGAGCAGUUGAAGGAGACCAUUGCUGCUUUAGAAAAGAUCUUUGUUACUUCCUCAGUAGAUGGAAAAGAGGAUGAGAUGAAUGACCUUAAUUUUAGGGUACAACAAGCAACAAGAAAUAUUUUCAGCCUGAAAAAGCACAUAAUAAGAUGUAAAAACCAGGACUUAGCAAAAACUCAUCUAUUUGAAACUAUGCCUACAGAUGAAGUUUUACUGGUAUGUGACUGGGCAAUGAAGUUUUUGCCCCGAAAGUUUCGUGAAGAUCAGUGUGAUUGGUUUGGAAAGAGAGGAAUCCCAUGGCAUAUAUCUAUAGCCUUUUGUAGGAAAGAUGAUGGAAGCAUUGGUAGCCUUGGAUUUGUUCAUUUGUUUGCAACGCAAAUAUCCCAGGACAGCCGAGUAACAGCCAGUAUCAUCCAAGAUGUUAUGGACAAAAUUAGAGAAUUCAACACCACUGACAUCAAAUUUCAUACUUUUAGACUUUUGUAG